AUGGUGCUCGCGGCUGGUGCAAGGACUUGUGAUGCGCAAGCUGGUUGGCGCUUGUCAAGUGUAGGUUCACUCGUGGUACGUGAUUUGCAGCAAGCACGGCAACUGCUGGAGCAGCCGCGGCUCAAAAACGGCAAAGUUUGGCUCCGCUUCAAAGCGUGGAGCCGGACAAUGGGCUUGGAUAAAGCUGCUGUGCGAUCUCAGACAGUCUUGUCUGGUGCUGCAGAUGCUUGGGCAGAUGCGACAAAUGCUGGCUGGGGCGGAUGGUUUGAAUCUUCUACUGGAUUGCACUGGUUUCAUGUGCCGUUGCGGCGGGAAGACGUACCAGCAGACUGGGAUUUCCCCCUGUCAAUGCAGAAAGCAAUCUCCAGCUUGGAACUACUUGCGCAAUUAGCGCUGCUAUUGGCACGUGUGCGUGUGGAGGGAGCAGGCUUCAAAUAUCGAGCCGUGCUUCAUCAGCAGUCGGACAACAUGGCUGUGGUUGGCUGCUUGGCAAAAGGUUUGGCUACCAAGCCGCCCUUGGCAACGGUGCUCAUGCACCUUGCGCGGCAUUGCCUCAAGGCAGAUUGUGCUUUGGAUGUGGCGCACAUCGCUGGUGAGCGCAAUGAACUGGCAGACAGGCUGAGCCGGCUGAACGAAGAUGAAGUCAGGCUGAAGUUGGGGGCGGUCGAUGACUGUGAUCCCCGGGGUGUGGGCCGGGCACCUGCGCAUCAAGCACCUUUGCUGCCGGAACUGGUGAUGGCAGAGGCAAGCUUUCGAAAUGCUUUGCGUAGCGCUGUGGAGGAGGCUUGUUUAGGGCAGGUCCAUGGCCCCAUGUGGCAGCCUUUGCUUCGUUUAUUUCCGGCAGCUUUCGACAAGAUUGUGCUGAAUCUGGAAGUGGCUCGGUUGUUUUGCGUAACGGAUGGGUUGCGCGAUUGGCGUAACGGAUCAGUUGCGCGAUACUUGGUGUUCAGUUUUCUUGAGCAUUUCGUUUUCUGUUUGCUGCUGGCGGGAUGGACUCCGACACUGAAGCCUCAGAGUUGGAUCCUUCAGAUUUGGAAGAGCGGGAUUUGUGGGCAAGAUUGCCUAAGAAAUUCCGAGAACAGGUGGGAAAACCUGGAGUUCAUUCAGUUGCCGCGUGAUGAAAUUUUGGGAUUUUUGGUGGACAGCGAAGCAGAAGCAUUAGAGUUAAGGGCUGAAUUUGCAUCAGAUGAUGGGCUUGCAGGCCGUUGCUUGGUGGAGCUUUGGACACGCGUGCUUCCUCGAACACAAAGGUUGUGCCAGCGUCGAGGGCGGGUUGACCCGGCUUUGCGAUCUUUGGUUGUAUCUUCUGCGGCAGCUCCAUCAAUAGAUUGCGACGAAGCGCAGCAGACUUUGUCCUGGCUCAAAUUGCAAUCAGGGUCCUGCCGUCAUUCCGCAGCUGGUCGGCAAGGCAGCGUGGCCAAUCCGAGUGUGUGCAGACAGCAGUCCAGGGCAGAUCUGGAGGCUACCGAGCUCAAGCGUUGGCGUGCCAGCCUAGCGGAGCUAGUCAUUGAAGCAGACUUGCCUGUUUCCCACCAUGCACAACUGACUUCUAACCCGGAAGCCAUCAUUGCUGCGUCGUUGGGUAGCAUGCGUGCAACAACUAUCCGCAAGCGGGUUCGUGAGUGGCGCAAGGUGCGUAAUUUUUCCUUACAGCUAUGUGGGCAUGCGUGGCCAACGCAUGUGGGCGUUGUCUUGGAUUAUCUUCACAAGCUUAUGGAGGAGCCGUGCGCGCGGACAGUACCAGAGGCAGUGCUUGCAGCGUUAGCUUUCAUGGAAAAUGCUGGGAGCGUAGCGGCGGCAGAUAGGCUUGCAUCCAUGCCGGUGCUGCGCAAUUUUGUGAAUCAAGCAACUCAAGAUCUAGAGGUUGGAGCCCCACCAAAGAAAUCUGCGCCACUGCUACCUGUUAUUUUGAUUGGUUCCUUGGAGCUGCUGGUCAUGUGCAAUAGCGAGCCUUUGUACGUGCUUUGGCUUGGUACAAGUUGCAACUAUGGACAGCUAGCCGCACUGGAGAUCUCACAUCCUUGUCCCGGCAAAAGAGUCAGACAUGUGCCAAUUUUCAUGUGUCGCUCUGCUUAUUUGCUGGCCCCGGGAUGGCUGGAGAAAGGUUUGGAAAUUUGGGAAAGCUCUGAAUUUGCUUUUGACAGGGACUAUUUCUUGCCUUUGCCUUCUGCAGAUUGGGCGUCUGUGCGCCCUGUUAUGGCAGACUUUGCAGACACUACGGCCUUGAGCAAACGCUUGUUCCGCGCCCUAAAGCAGCCUGUAAGACAAAAUGGCCACUGGGUAUCUUCGAUGGUGCCAUUGUUUUGUGCUGAAGCAGCAUUGUCCUUAUGGACUGAGCACUCUGAGCGCAAUUGGUUGAACAGUCACCUCGCAGUCAUUGGAGUGCCGCAGUGUGAGCGCGAUUUCAUAGGUAGGUGGCGUAUAACAUCUUCGGCAGAUGAAUAUCAGCGAUUGGCACAGCGUGUGGUGAUUAAUGCGCAAGAGCAGCUGCUGACGUACUUUGCUGGUAAUGACAAGUGGGAUUUGAGUCACACAGGCGUGCAAGAGCUUGAACAAUUUUUGCGCCAACGCCACGUUCCUGAAGCUCUCAUUACUGCGCAAUGCAUUCAAUUGCAGCUACCUGCGCAAUGGUGUAGCCGGGUGCCGGAGCCCAUGGCGCCGGCACCUGUCCUGCCGGAGCCCGCUCCUGUUCAAGCUUGCGACAAUAGUCAGGUUGAAAAUCCGGCUGAAGAUGCAAGUCAAAGUCCUUAUUUUGUGGUUGUGAUUGGAAAAAAGAAUUUCCGCCGGCUCCACCGGCGUGGAGGCUGUGGCGUGUCGGCAAUUGAAGUAGGGCAAUCAGAACCUUGCUGGUCCUUACAAGGGCUAACCUAUGAUUUGGCAUGCCGUCACUGCUGGAAGCGUGGAAAUGCUACAGUAUCUGAGGCUGAAGAGGAGAAUCUCCUGGUGAAGCUUGUGUCGUUUGUGCGAGUCAGUCGCAUGUACCCGUUUGGCGAUGUUGGGUCGCUGUUGGUGUCAGCGCAAUCAGCGGCCGAGCCUCGGGAUAGCGUCUUUGCAAAGGCAGAGCCUGCUUUGAGGUAUCAUAUGGAUGAGGCUGGUGUUUCUGCUGAGACGCAGAAGAAAAUUUAUGAGCAGGGCAAGACUUUUGCAAGUUUGGAGGAAGACCGCAAGGCUGUCCGAGCUGUCCUGCAAUCGGACUUUGGCUUGGAUCCUUCGGGCAACCUUGCCUUGCGCUCAGACAUUGCGCUGUUGCUUUGCGUGUGGGAAAGCGUACGCACACAGUUGUCAGUGCAGGAGAAGAAUCGCCAAGAGCCCAAGCUUGGGAUGCAACAGCGCAUUGUGCAGCCAUCGGAUUAUGCCACCAUGAGGAGUGCCGUGGAAGCCAAGCAUGGAAGGUUGAAGGAUCGUGAGGCCCCGAGCAAAGGCAUGAUUGCAUCCAAGCUUGAGCAAGUGGAAGAUGGCGCGCCCAUCGCAGAAGAUCUUCGCGAAGUCACAUCAUUUGCUGACUCAGAAGUUGAAGCAUACAAUGCCAUCAUUGACCCAUCAAUGGUUUUUUUGCGCAUUCGCCCUGGCAAGACCACUACAACCCCGCCUGCCACACCGGAGGAGGUGCCGCUCCGCCACAGGCGCAUUGGCCUUGCUUGGGAUUUUGUGAAAGCGCGCCAUUCCACUCGUGCUUGGUUGCCCACAUCGUCAGUUGACACUUUUCGUAAGUCGUCAGACUAUGUCUUGGAUGCAUCAGUGGCUGGCCUGCGCACCUCCGACCAACGCAGUCCUACUUGGUCGCUGGUGCUGACAUAUGAGCUGGAGUUGCGCAAGGCAGCUUACCGCUUUGCGCGGGAUGGAGAGUGCGCAUGCAUUGAUUCAGCUAUUGAGAAAGCUAUGGAUAGCCCAAAAUUGUUGACAGAGCAUUUGUCGCAAUGGGGCAAAGCAUCCAAAACACCGGCAGGAAAGCCUAUUUGUUUCAAGUAUCAGAAAGGCAAGUGCCUUAAAGAAGUCUUGUCGAUUUGCGCAUGUUUGCCAGCGAUGUUUUGGCCGCCACCCCUUUUUGCAGUGCGUCAAGAAGGAGCUUGGAAAUGGGCAGGCGUGCGUCCCGAUCGCAUUUGGAUCAAUACAGUGGGCACAUUUGGCAUAGGCAGUAAGCUGGGCCUGUCAGUGGCACGGUCGCAAUGGUUGGUCAAGUGGCUUAGUGAAACAGCUGAUACAGGUCGCGUGCGCGUGGCAGAUAUGUCGGCAGUGUCGGGCCGGCUCUCAUUUGGAUUGACGGCGCUAGGUCACUUGAGGCCGUUUCUUGGGCCGGUGUACGCUUGGACAGCAGCUAUGACUGGGAAGGUCAUUUGGGGGCAGCUGCCAAAGGCGAUCAUCCUCAUCUUCAGGUUUUUGGCAAAGGCGUUAGCGGGCAGUGGGCGACUGGUUUCAGUGCCACCGGCGCCGGGAGAGCGAGUAGAGCUUUUCCGGACAGAUGCACGCGCCGAAGGCAAUGAGAUCUGGAUUGGAGGCUGGGCGUUGGACAGUUCUGACACGAAGCAGUGUAGGUGGUUUUCUGAAAAACUGUGUCAUGCUAACGCCCCGUGGCUUUUUACAGCUGGUGAAGGUUACAGGCAGAUCGCAUCGCUAGAGUUGCUAGCUACCUUGGCCGCAGUCCUUGUGUUUGGGGUGCCUGUAAACAUGCGCAGCAAGAUGCACUGCUCAGCGGGUACUGACAACAAAGGGAACAGUCAUGUAGUGGCACGGCUUCUAACAACAAAGUUUCCCCUUGCAGCCUUUCUGAUGGAACUUGCAAUGCAGCUACAGUGCGUAGGCGCAGAUCUGGAACUCUACUGGCUACCGCGGCUUCAAAGCCAAGAAGCUGACGCGUUGACCAACGAUGACUUGACGAGGUUUGAUGAACGGCUGCGCAUGAGCUUUGACUUGUCAACCUUCAAAGGCUUGAUACUGUCAGAUAUGCUGGCAUGUGGAACAGAGCUGUAUGAGGAGAUCAGGGCAGCGCAGCGGCGCAAAACAGAACGCCAUGGACAACGUGGCAGGCCUAUCCCUGCUGUGUGGGGCGUCGAUCAUAGUUCCCUGGACAAGGAGCCCACUGGUGUUUUGAAACGCAGUCGUUUUCAGAGUUGUAAUUUCAUGGAUGUUGUCUCAUUCAAACCAGAUGUCCCUUGGCGAGACCAAAGGGAAGCUGACCUACAGAGGGGCAUCAAGCUUUGGAUUGCAGUCACAAGCAGGUGGGAUGAUGGUUGCACUCUGGUUUGCAGACUGGGUGAGAUGCGCAACGAGGCCGAAGUCUUCGACAUGUUUGCACAUGUUUUUUCAGGAAGGGCGCCAGUGACAGUUCGGAAGAGGGGCAUGGCAAUUUUGAAGCUGUGUGACUACCUGGAAGAAAACAACCUGGAGCGUUUUCCCAUGAAGGCUAGUCCACUGACCGUUGCAGAGCUUUUGAAGCUGCACGCAACAGUUGACGAAGCUACAGAUGUUUGGGAUGCAGUUUUUGCUGGAGCUGCCCUGCUUUGUUGCUGCUGCCGAGGCAGGUGGGGAGACCUGAUGAGAAGUGAGUCGGCCUUCUUGGAUACCGACGAGAAUGGUGCUCCGGCUUUCUUGGAGACCAGAACUGGGCGACACAAAACCAUGAGUUCACAGAUGCACAGACAUCAAUUCCUGCCCAUGGUAGCCCCUGUGAAAGGGGUGCAUGGCUGUGAUUGGUCAUCGCCUUGGAUCAAGCGCCGACAAGAGCUUGGUCUGACGUUUCCUCCUAGUGGCUUGAUCAUGCCAGCCCCUGAUCGUGAAGGAUCUGCAACUCAACGACCCUUGGAGUCAGGGGAAUGCGGCAAAUGGCUGAGACGUUUGCUUUGUGCAGAAGAUGCCGUGGGAGCAGCUGCAGAACGGCGCAUCAGAACAUUCAGACCUGACAGCACUCGAAGUGGGCGACUCGUGGAGUUGCUGCCAGACCCGUCUGGCCCUCAAAGUGCUGAAGUGAAGGUUGAAACAGUCAUGUCAUCAGCAGAAGAAGAAAGUGACAAAGCAGUUGAAUCUGAAUCGUCCGACAGCACGGGCGAGUCAGGGUCUUCGGAGAGUGAUGUUCCCAAGCGAGCAGCCUGGUCAGCGUGCCACUUCGUGAACGAGACGGGUUGGCGCGUGUUGGAGUUAGCUGGCUCGGGCGUCCGAUCUGCCAACGAUGUGUUGUCACCCCCGCUAAAGCAAGGCCGUGUCUGGGUGAAAUUUGGAGAGCCAGAGCCAAAAAUCAUCAAGUUCAGCCAAGAGGAGUUAGCUGUGGCACGUUUUUUCAAAUGUUCAGAUCCCAUCCCGCUGGUGGAGAAACCGGGCCCAGUAUCAGUAGCAGCUGCAGAUGCUUUUGCUGAGGGUGGUCGGUUCGGCAUUGGAGGCAAAGAUUUGCAGGCUUAUAUCGCGGCGUUAGAGGCUUUGGCACAGCUAGUCUUGUUGGAUUGCCAGCGACGAGUGAUUCAGAUGCACAGCAGUUUUGCUUGGAUUAGCUUGCGUCAGUUUUGCGACAACGCCGGGGUGGUUUGCGUGUCGCAGAAGGGCCUAUCUUUGCGCCAGAUUCCCUUGUUCUUUAUUUUGGGCAUGCGCCCCUCGUACGCUUUCCGGCAAACUGUUUUGCCAACAUUUCUCGUCCGCGCUGACGUUUGGGAAGCGUUUGGAAGCGGACGGCAUUGGCGACGGCUGGUGCUUUGGGGUGAUUCAGCCAGGUGUAGUUUCCUAGCUGAUGCCAUGGAAAGAGCUAAUGGGCUCUCUGGUGCGUCUGGAGCUGAUGUCGAAAUACUGGAAAUUGGACCUCAACAUGUUGGUAGAGACGUUGAAACCUUGAGUGAACCGUAUGAAGCUAGCAUUUUGGAUGGAGUGAACUUGUUUGGAAACAACCUUCACGAUGAUGAUGCUGAAGUUUUACCUGAUGGUUCUGAAUGUUCUCAGAACGAUUUUGGCUUUCAAAGAGUCUGCAAUGGGUUUGAUUUGCCAGAGCCUCAAGACCCUAAUGCUGCGACUUUGACUCAUGGCCCCGAUGUCACAGUCUUGAGUGGGACUGCCUGGAACUCAUUGCUUGCUCAUUCAUUUGCGUCCAAUUUGCAGCAUCAUCCAUCGCUUUUACUGCCAUGGGAAACAGGUACAAUGAGGGCUGUGUUUUGUGACGAUUCUCUGCCAGACAUGUUGCAUGGACCCGUGGACAUGACAGACUUGAGUUCUUUUGCUCCCCACCGUGAGCCUUCGAGUGUCAGUGCUGUGGACCUCAUCCAGUCAUCGCCUCAGCCUGCCUACAUGAGUGCUGUACAAUGUUUGAGGGAUUUGGACUACAUUGAUCAAAAGCGUGCACAGAUGUCCCUGGCAGCAUCUCACUGGAUGGAAAUUCUAUCCCUGGAUUGGAAGGCUUCUCAGGUGGGUGAACAGAUUUCAGCUGACCUGCAGCAAGAUCCGACUGGAGACCUUGCUGAACAGACUUUGCGUGCGGUUUUCGGUACAAAGUCUGGUUCUACCAUUUUGAAACGGGCAUCCAGUCUCAAACAGUACAUUGCAUGGUUUCACAAAACUUGCAUUGAGUCAGACACCUAUGUUUGUCCACUGCCUCUUGCUGAAGAUGAUGUUUGGAGAUACUUCCUACAUCUUAGGGCUUUGACAAGGACCUCGAAACGUGGUUACACUGUCAGUGGAACCUUCUUGGAAACGAUCAGAUUCUGCAAGUUUGUGCUAGGGCUUUAUCGCAGUGAUGACAUUCUUGCCUCAAAGAGAUUGAAUGGAUUUGCAGCGGUUGAGAAACGAGAGAAGGGGCCCUUAAACCAGACCCCGCCCUUAGAGGUGGAACAUUUGCAGAUGGUGCGUGAGGCCAUUGAGUACAAGCGAGGCAGCGGCUUGGCUCAAAAGACUGCUGGAAGGGUGUAG